CUUCCUACAAAAGUUUGUGCUGGUCUUAGCUAAUGUUGGUAAAUGACCCCAUCUAGUGGGCGGUAAGGAACUAGUUCAAGUGCGCUUAGGUUGGUCACUUUCUACCAAUACGCUCACGUGAAAUAAAAACGCUGGUGUUUUAUCUUCAAGAGUGACAUAAGGUGACCUCCAGUCAUUGCAUUAGUUGAUUAAUCUCUAUCGUUCCUGCAUUGCACAAUUGCAUAAGAUUUCCACGCUGUUUAUGCGUUUGUGAAUAUGCUAAAUAAACGAAGAUUCUGAAAGGGCGUUGAAAAAUAAGAAACAUAAAAUAUCGCUAUAUUGAUAAAAUAUUGCUAUUAAACGUCCGCCUUUGUUCAGUAAACUGACACGGUUGCGGGUUUCCAGAGUUGCAGCCUUUGAAGGACUCCUUACCGGAAAACGAAUCAUUGAGUCAGAAAGUUGUUUCCUAUUUCAGAAAUGUUGGGAAACACAUGAAAGGAAUAGAGAGAGAGAACACAGGGAGAACGCGUUAUCGUCGCAGGGAACUCGAGCGUGAGGACGGACGGGGUAUUUCUGACGCUGUACGAGGCGAUAUUUGCUUUAUUGAAACUUUGUCGUUAGGCUGUUUCACGCCAGAACGCUGCGUGGAUUAGUCUUGUAAACGUGUAGACGUUAAGACCGCUAGCUCUCAGAAUGGCAUAUAUAUUUAUACUGAUCCUUUUUGGACUGUGCAUCAACACUGAAGUUGUGAAGUGCACGGUGUGUUCGGUUAAUGGCUAUGCUGCCUUCUGCAUAGAUCGAGGUCUUCAUCAUGUGCCAGAGCUGCCCACGCAUGUCAAUUACGUGGAUCUUAGUUUAAACAGCAUUGCCGAACUCAACGAAACAUCCUUUUCUCAUCUUGAAGGUCUACAAGUCCUUAAAGUGGAGCAACAAACGCCAGGACUUGUGAUCAGAAACAACACAUUUAGAAGACUCUCCAAACUGGUAUUACUUAAACUAGACUACAACCGCUUCCUGCAAAUAGAAACAGGGGCUUUUAAUGGACUAUCCAACCUCGAGAUUCUCACUCUCACUCAGUGCAGUUUAGAUGGUUCGGUUUUGUCCAGCGAGGUCCUCAAGCCUCUGGUGUCUCUAGAGAUGCUUGUCUUACAAAAUAACAACAUUCAAAGAAUCCAACCAGCAUCGUUCUUUUCAAAUAUGGGGAGAUUCCACGUCCUGGAUCUCUCUCACAACAAAGUGAAGAGCAUCUGUGAAGAAGACCUUCUCAGCUUCCAGGGUAAACAUUUCACGCUCUUGAAACUGGCCUCCGUGACACUGCAAGACAUGAAUGAGUACUGGUUAGGAUGGGAUAAGUGCGGAAACCCGUUUAAGAACAUGUCCGUAACGGUAUUGGACCUAUCAGGAAAUGGCUUUAAAGUUCCUAUGGCAAAGCGUUUUUUUGACGCAAUCACAGGCACCAAAAUCCAAGGUCUCAUUCUCAGUAUGAGUUACAGUAUGGGCAGUUCUUUUAGUCAUAAAAAUUUCCCAGAUCCAGACAAAUUCACAUUUAAGGGUCUUGAGCGUAGUGGGGUUAAGAUUUUCGAUUUGUCCCAAUCACAUAUUUUUGCUUUAUCCAAUUCGGUAUUUAGCCAUUUUUCAGAUCUAGAGCAAAUUACGUUGGCACAAAAUGAGAUCAACAUUAUUGAAAACAAUGCAUUUUGGGGUUUGACAAAUCUACAAAAGCUAAACCUGUCCAACAACUUCUUGGGUAGUAUUGAUUCUAAAACAUUUCAGAAUCUAGAGAAACUUGAGGUGCUUGAUUUGUCUUACAACCACAUAAGGGUGCUUGGAGAUCAUUCGUUUCAGGGACUCCCAAGUUUGCUCAACCUAAAUCUGACAGGAAAUGCUCUGGAGUCAGUCCGUGAAUUUGCAACCCUAGCAAACCUGAAGAAACUCUACUUGGGUGAGAACAGAAUUUCAUCUUUGUCUAGUUUACCCAACAUCGCUAAAAAUCUCACAGCCCUUGACCUGGAAUUCAACAGAUUAAACAACUUGUCAGAUUUGUACACUAUACUACGGGAAUUUCCUCAAAUAGAAAAAAUCUUUAUUCGAGGUAACAUGUUUGUGACGUGUCAUGAUCAGAGACAAAUAGUGGCUUCAGACAAACUACAGCUCCUUAAUCUUGAGCUUUCAGCAAUACAAAUGAUCUGGUCAGAAGGAAAAUGUUUCAAUGUGUUUAACAAUCUUCACCAGUUAGAACAGCUUUCUCUGGCCUCCAAUGGGCUGCAGUCGCUUCCCAAAGACAUUUUCAAAGACCUUACAUCUUUGCUUUUUUUGGAUUUGUCUUUCAACUCUUUGAAGUACCUUCCUAAUGGUAUUUUCCCUAAAAGUCUUCAGAUACUUAAUCUUGAAUACAACUCGAUUUACUCAGUGGAUCCGAACCUCUUUAGCACCCUCAGCUACCUCAGCCUGAUGAAAAACCAGUUCCGUUGUGACUGCAAACUAAGAGAUUUCCAAACAUGGCUAAAUCAAACCAUUGUAAUCUUUUCUCACCCUAUUGAGGAUAUGACGUGUGCCAGCCCUGAGGAUCAGUACAUGGUUCCGGUUGUGAGCUCCAGAAUACAAUGUGAAGAUGAAGAAGAUGAGAAAAGAGCUGAAACACUGAGGCUGGUGCUUUUCAUUUUCUGCUCUGUACUGAUCAUAUCGCUCACUGCCAGCGCUAUAAUUUAUGUUCGUCGACGGGGCUACAUCUUCAAGCUUUACAAAAAACUUGUUGAUAAACUGGUGGAUGGUAAGCAACAGGAGCCCGAUCCUGAUCGAUUCUUGUACGACGUGUAUCUUUGUUUCAGUUCCAGUGAUAUUAAGUGGGUAGAAAGAGCGCUAUUGAAGAAGCUCGACUCUCAGUUCUCAGAGCAGAAUACUCUCCGCUGCUGCUUUGAGGAGCGAGACUUCAUUCCCGGGGAGGACCAUCUCACCAACAUGCGAAAUGCUAUUCAGAACAGUCAGAAAACCCUGUGCGUGGUGUCUGAACGUUUCCUGAAGGAUGGCUGGUGCUUGGAAACCUUCAGCCUGGCGCAAAAAAGGAUGCUCGUGGAACUUCAAGACAUUCUGUUGGUGCUGGUUGUAGGGAACAUACCGCAGUACAGGUUAAUGAAGUACAAGCAAGUGAGAUCCUACAUUGAGAACAGAACAUAUCUUCUGUGGCCCGACGACAGCCAGGACUUAGAGUGGUUUUAUGACCAACUUCUGCAUAAAAUCAAAAAAGACACCAAGGUUAAGCAAACAAAUCAACCAACCGACCAAACAAAGGAUGACGCAACAAAUGUCCAUGCAAACACGGCUGUAUAAUUGUGGUAUAUACGUUGAUUAUAUAUUUUGUGUGAGUUUUUUUAAUUAUUAUUAUAUGAGAUGCUUGUUAUCAUUACCAAAUAAUGUAUAAUGCAGAUGCUGAUUAAGUAUAAUUUAAGUAUAUUUAAACUUAUAAGUAAGUUUAUUAAUAUGAUUUUUUUUUGUGGACCUAUAAAAGUAAAUGCCUGAAAACCUAAUCUGUGUCAACCUAAAAAUGUUAAGUGCAAAGGAAAAUAAACUCCGUACACUCCAAUAUUCACCAUCAUUUCUAAAUACAAAGGCAAAAGGGCAAAAAGGAAGGAACUAUAGUGAAAACACCAUGACGCAACAGGCCCUUAUGCUUUUGGGUAAUAACGGUUUGCACAUUGUUAAUAAAAUAUUUGCAAAGAAA